AGAAAAAGAAAAAAAAAAUUCAUGAAUGAUACGUAUAAACUUAUUGCUAUAGUCAUCAUCGCCGGCGUAUUAACGGUAUUUGUUUUCAUAAUGUUUUCAUGUUUCAUGGACAAGAAGAAGAAGAAGAACCUUCAGCUACAGCAGCAGCCACAGACACCGCAAUGGCUGCGAGAAAUUGUUUCUGCUCCUACAUAUCAGGCAAGGAACAUUGAUGUGGAAAGUGAUGGCUUGCGGGGUAAAAGCGACACCAUUGUGAAGAAAUCUCUUGCUCCGGUUAAACCAUACAUUGUAGAUGGUAGCUCGCGCUUCCAGGCGCCUAAAAGAUUGGAGAGGGUUCGGGGUAAAAGAGAUGAUGGAGGUUUCGGUGGUGGUUGUGGUGGCAGUGGCGGCGGUGACAGCGGUUGUGGUGGCAGUCACAGUGGCGGUGGAGGUGGAUGUGGUGGCAGUCACAGUGGCGGUGGUGGUGGAUGUGGUGGAGGGGGAGGAGGAGGUGGAGGUGGAGGUGGAUGUGGGGGCGGCUCUUAAACCCGGAGAGAAAGAUGGAGGUCUUCGUGUGAUGACGUCAGGUAGUAAGACAAGAACUAGCAGGGCUUUUAGCCGCGGCAAAGGGUGCCUUUGUGGUGAUGGUGCAGGCUAUGGAGGUUGCGGCGGUUGCGGAGGUUAAAACAUUUAAUUGUCGUUGUUAUGUAAUAAUGGUUUUCUUAUUCGUGUGAUCGUAAUUUUUGUAUACAUAUAAGGUUGUGAUCAUCCUUUGUGAGUGGAAAUUGAAUGUACAAUAUUAUAUUAGAUGCUCUAUUGUAUGUCAUGUAAGUGAAAAUUACUGUUUUGUAAUUUUGAAAUUUACGGUUUACAA